GCUCCUUUAUGCUGUGCACAAGGCAUACAGAUGUAAGUUUAAUCCAGGCAACAGUCAGAGCUGAGAAGUGAAUAUGAGGUUGCCCUUUUGCUAACAUGCAGUAGUAGUCUGUAGAAUAUGCAACAGCCAGCGUAACUGUCAAGACGGACCUACAAGGGGACAUGAAAGCCUCCUGGAACUGUGUGUCGUGUUUUAUUCUCUCCAUCUCUUUGUGUGGAUCUUUGCUUUACCACCCUUAAAGCUUGGCAGCAAGAGGUGUUAUCUCUAGCACUGUGCUCAGUUUUAAAAGGAAAUUGCAAGACUCUGAAUCUGACAGCUUCUGAUGAGCCUCUGAUUAAUAGCCAGAGCGAGAGAAGGACACCCAAAUGAAUCAAGGAACAACUCACAGAGGGAAAUUCGUACGUCUGGUUUUUUAGAAGAAUUUAAUUUUUGUUUUAUCCACGGCAUUGUAUUGGACUUGCUUUUUUGGUGUCUGAAGUAAGCGCUGAUUGCGGAUUUAUUUCUCAUGCCAGCUGAAGCAGAGAGGCUAUAAUGUUGUGCUUGGAUUUGAACUUCCUUUGACAGGAUUUUGUUUUCACCUGAUCAGCGGUCCGUCACUGUUUGCACACAUUCUCAUCUGGCCUCCCACCCCUUUUUCCCUUCUUUUUUUUGUUUUCUAACAGAACAUUGUGAGCUGAUCAGUCACUUUAAAGACUGGGCAGUGAUUUUGAAUAGAGGCGCAGUGUGAGGCUUGAUUUGGAGUAGCAGCAUCCUUCACACUAAACUGCCUCAAGCUUUUGAGAGGAUCCUCUUGAUUUUCACCUCUGGGAGUUUACCUUACCCGUUUUAUCCAGAGGAGAGUUUGAUUACAGAAUCUGCAAUUGGGACGGUCGGCCAGAAGCCAGGAUGCAGGUGUCAUUAGUGUGCACGGACCAUCGUGGGGGGGUUAGCCGCAACACGGAGGACCGGCUAAACCGACAGAAUGCCAACAGCCCCAACACAGGCACCCGCAGCAAGUUCAGAGCAGUGGCCAUGGUUGCUCGCAGUCUCGGACAACUCUCUGUUCAGAGUGUGCCUUCCUCCAGCGAGCAAAGUAUGAAGACUGGCAUGAAGUAUAGAAACCUUGGGAAGUCGGGCCUGAGGGUGUCCUGCCUUGGAUUAGGAACAUGGGUGACGUUCGGUGGACAGAUAACGGAUGAGAUGGCAGAGCAGCUGAUGACUCUGGCCUAUGAAAAUGGCAUCAAUCUGUUCGACACAGCGGAGGUCUACGCUGCUGGGAAGGCAGAGGUGGUGCUUGGAAACAUCAUAAAGAAGAAAGGAUGGAGACGCUCAAGUCUGGUGAUAACAACAAAGAUCUUCUGGGGUGGAAAAGCGGAGACUGAAAGAGGUUUAUCCCGAAAACAUAUUAUAGAAGGUUUAAAAGCCUCUUUAGAAAGACUGCAGUUAGACUACGUGGAUGUGGUUUUUGCGAACAGACCGGACCCUAAUACACCGAUGGAAGAAACGGUUCGAGCGAUGACCCAUGUGAUAAACCAAGGCAUGGCCAUGUACUGGGGCACAUCCCGUUGGAGCCCAAUGGAAAUAAUGGAAGCAUACUCGGUGGCACGACAGUUCAACCAGAUUCCUCCCAUCUGUGAGCAAGCUGAGUACCACAUGUUCCAGAGAGAGAAAGUGGAGGUGCAGCUACCUGAGCUCUUCCAUAAGAUAGGUGUGGGGGCCAUGACGUGGUCUCCACUGGCCUGUGGGAUCAUCUCAGGGAAAUAUGACGGCAGGGUACCUCCCUACUCUCGAGCAUCUCUGAAGGGCUACCAGUGGUUGAAGGACAAGAUCUUGAGCGAGGAGGGCCGGCGUCAGCAGGCGAAGUUGAAAGAGCUGCAGGCAAUCGCGGAGCGGCUGGGCUGCACUCUGCCCCAACUCGCCAUCGCGUGGUGCCUACGGAACGAGGGGGUGAGCUCUGUCCUUUUAGGGGCGUCCAACACCGACCAACUGAUGGAGAACAUAGGAGCAAUACAGGUUCUUCCAAAGCUGUCGUCGUCCAUCACACAUGAGGUGGACAGCAUCCUGGGGAACAAGCCGUACAGUAAAAAGGACUACCGCUCCUAACGUGUGGCACUGCCCCGCCCGGCAGGGCUGCAGCCGCAGUGCCCCACCUUUGCCUGAUCCUCUGUUUGCUUGAGCUUUUACUGAGUGAGACCCUGGCGCAUGAGUCUGGCCACACCAAGGCCACGCAGGGCACCUCAUUUAGAGUUACAGGGAUAAGAUAAGAAAAAGGGGGAAAAAAUACAGUCACCUCCAUGGGAAGCGACGGGAUUGACAAAGAAAGACAAAAGCGGAAGAGAGGUUAGGGAUAUGCGCUCAUACUUAAAUCAGUUAUACAUUCAAUUCAGCUGAACGUAUUUUAAAACCAUAGAGAAAAAUACCUUUUUAAAAAAAAAUAAGCACACGCUUGCUUGGCAGCCAGAUUUCUCUUUUCUUUUCUCUUUAACUAAAACCGAAUGCAACUAAAAGAAAGAUGAAGUUCAUACUGUAUGAAAUAUGAGAACUACUGUUGCACAUGUACCAUAGCCAUGCAUUUGUUCCUUGGAUGUUCUGUUUACAAACACCUGUGUACUGUACAAGUCCGUCAAGAGUUUCUCUGAAAGGAAAGUUUGUGUUGUCGACAUUACCAGAGCCUGCUCGAGGGCUUUAACAAUUAGCACUUUAGUACUGUCAGUAAAGGUGUUGGAGGGCAGUUUUAAGGAGGGGAGAGGAUGGAUAUUACAAUCGUCUUAUCUCACAGCCAUUGCACUAUAGAAUCACAUCGCCUCUUGAUCAGUCCCUCCCUUCAUCCUCCCUCUGUGUCUUCACUGGCAUUGCACUCGUUCAGCCUAAUGCUCUGAUGCUCCUGCUGGCUAAACGUGGAGCUGAAGUCCCGAAUUCAACAGGACUGAGGAGACGAGAGAAGCUCCUCCAUCCUGACCAGUGAACCGUCCACCACGAUGGAGCUUAGGAGCUUAGGCUGAUGUGUCCAGACAACUCGUCUGCCACUGAAGAGAUGAGCUGUUUAUUCAUCCCUAUCAGUAGGAACUGUAGUCGUGUUAAAUCAAACGCAGUGUCCUGCUUCACUGUGCUACCCAGCCACUGUUCUUGGUUUUCGUCGGGGCUGAGGGUUUGCUGUAUAGGAAGUGGUCAUAUCAGUGCUGGCUCCACAUCUCAUGGAAAACCUCUCCUUGAUCAAAUUUUGUUCAAGUAUUUUGCCUUAUUUACAGUUACAUCAAGCUGUGCUUUGGGCUUUGGUGUAGACGAGCAGCUCCAGAGCUCCCUCUUUGGCUGGCUGGUCACAUGUCUCCAGUGCAGACGGGAACGCUGACUGGUGGAAGUGGCGUCUGUUGCUCCCUAAGUGGGAGGAAGGAGUUGUUUGGCCUGUUAAUCAGUGAGCGGCAGCAGCUCAGGGAACAGAGCGGGUGGUUUCAGUGGUGUGUUGGCGUGCACAUGGUCAGGAGGUUUAUUUAGCCGUCUGUCUUUCUUUCGUGUGUGGACACUGGGGAGGACCAGUGACAUGUUAGCGUGGCUUGAGCCAAAGAUCUUCUUCAUCUCUUUUAGACGUCAUACCCCAGUGUUUCACUCUCACUUCCUGCAAGAUUAUAGGAAUCAUCUUGAAGCAUGUGCUGUCCAGCUUAUCUAUCUAUGGUAUGGACUUUACUCCAUAUAUAUCUUUACUUGAUCAAGCUGUUAUACUAGUUCACAAAUAUGUCCUUCAUAUACAGAAUGCGUAGUACAGCUAAGUGCUUUAGGAUUGGUAAGGUUUGUUUCAGGUGGCGGAUUACCUGAGACACGUCAGAAGUAUUAUCGCAGACAUUUUGACGCCACCCUAUAUCAUUUUGUCCUUCGGGUGCUCUCUUACUGUGAUUUAAGCACAAGUGGAUAGCAUGUGAUACAUCCUCUAAGCAUGGACCCUCUUCACCCGGCCUACAGUACCUACAGGACAAGCAAGGUGAUGCUUCUCAGCUUACUAACACGUGUAGAUAACAAAUCUUUACUAACAGCUGAUAAACUGUUGAUUCUUAGCAGAAAAAAAAAACAAGUGCAGAUUAAGAAACUGCCAUAUUAGAGCAAAUGAUGAUGUGAAUGAGACAUAAGAGUUCCUCGGCUGAAGUGGAUAAUCGAAGUGAACAUCACUGUGGUGUUGGUGUGGCUGAGGUCUGCAGUCUGCUUCAGUGCUACUCCAACAGCGGAGUGAUCAAACAUCUCUGCUGUUGGUCGGGUGUGUGCGUGUGUGUGUGUCGGUGUGUAUGAGUAAGGGGGACGACUAAACAAAUCCCACGCUUUAGCCUGUCGUAUCAGUUGAUCCCUGUAUCGGUUUGAUUUGCCGUGUCUUGUAUGUCUGAGUAAAUAAAAGUGGCACAAGCCGACGCCGUUUUCUCAGAAGAAGGAAAUAAAGAUAAACAAAGAGCAUUUAGUUCAUUAGUCUGUGGAGUUCCUGUGUCUUAAUAUUUUCAUCUGCAGGGAGUUGAGUAGAAGUCUGAGACUUCAAAGGAAAAAGCUGACAUCUUGAGGAAUGGGUUUGUUUUCUUGUCGAAAAAUUAAAGAAGUUUGAUGUCGUGCUCAUAUCUAUCUGCUAAGGAUGACCACUGACUUUUCUAAACCUGUCUUAAGCUAACAAAAGUCUGACUUCUGGCAUCUGUAAAGCCCAGAGAUCAACACAUUAUAGCUUGUUUGAUUAAUCCAUGCGAAAACCAAAGUGUAAAAGUAACAAUUAGCCCUUUUCCAUGGUGUUAUCAUUUGACAGCAGAGACUUGAAGAAGUUCCCAGUCGCUGCCAAGAAAUAGUCACCCGUCAUGUGCAGGUUUGACUUCUGUCCAGAUGUACUCCCAACCAGUCAUUUUCUUUUGUGCUUAACCUGAAUCCAAAGUUACCCAAUACCGCAUAGUUAUCUUUACAACACCUGAUCAUAACCGAACAUUUAAACCAAGUGAUGAUGACCUGACAAUGAGUAGCUGUCUUCUGUCUGUCCACUCUCGUCACAUCAAGCUUGUUUAUACUUGUGUAAGACACUGUGACGUGUGAUGUGAUCUUCCGCUGUGCAGAGGAUUGUGGGUCAGAAUAGCCAGAAAAGCCUGCUGGCUUUAAGGCUGGACAAUGCAGGCGGAUGUAGGAAGACAUCCCUGUAUUGUUGGAAUACUACAUUUGACAUGUUCUGUAUUGGGACGUACUAAAUGUUUGUCUGGCUUAUUAUAUGUUUAGUAAGGUAGAAGGAUAUUUCAGUGCACCCAGCGUUUCCAGUUAGCUCUUUAAAUACAGAACAUUUGCUGUUCUACAACUGUUUUGGCUUUGUAAUAUCAUUGAGUGAAUAUUGCCCUCAUUUGCUUUAAAGCUUUUGACCUGUUCAGAGCUCUCAUAAAAUGGCAAAUUCCUGCCUUUGUAUUUUAAAAAAAAGAACAUAUGAGGCAUUUUUUAGUGAGCUUUGGUGUACCAGCCCAUUCUCCAGUCUGUGAUGUCACGUUUAGCAGACAAACAUGAGGCCGGCAUCAAUCUUCUCAUUUGAUUCCUGGCAAGAACUUGAAUAAGCGCCUUUCCUAAGUUGUCGAGCUUUUCCUUUGAAUUGUAUCGCUGUGCGUUUUGUUCGGCCAUCAGCGUUAUUUCUCGUAGCGCCGACCCGCUCAACGUAGCGUGAGAAGGUCCGCGCACAUUGUAGAAAUAAGUUCAUGUGUUGAAGCUGAUGUGCAUCUGUCUGGUGUCCUCACCCGUGUAGGAGAAAUUAAUGCUUUAAGAGGUCCUCGUUUCAUCAUAUUUGCUGUUCUAACAUUUUAAUGACUAGUUCAGACAUGAAACAGACCCACAGAUGGAUAAGAGCUUAUUUUACAGAAGGUUCUAGGUUAUACAGAGAAUAUAUUUUUAUGUUUUAGCCUUUAAUGCAGUAGAGAGAAUUAAAAGAACUUUUUUUUUUCAUUUUCAUCAUGCUGCAUUUUUCCUAUCGGUAUUGUAUUGAUUUGAUGACUGACAAAAAGAAAAGCUUCUUUUUUUUUUGCUCUGUUGUGUAUGCAUUAUGAGGAAUGCUCGAAUGCAACGGUGGACUGAAUUCACUCUGAAGAUGACGUAGUGAGAGCCUGGUAUCUCCUGUACAUACGUUGACCUUUGUACAUAUUUCUGGUUGUGAUCACCUCUGCCUUUUCUCUUUUCAUUUGACUUUUCUGUUGCAGGCGUUGCUAUCUGCACUGUGCUUGAAUCUGAAAUUUAGACAGGAUGUACAGCUUCGAUCUUCAAUGAAAUAAUGAUAAAAAUAAGAAUGGUAAACAAA